AUGAGUAGUAAAUAGAUUAAGGCCAUGAUUAUUAAGAAUUUUAAAAUCAGUUUCAGAAAUGGUGAACUUCUCCAAGACAUUUUGAUUCCAAUAUUUGUGGCUUGCAUGUUGUCACUCAAAGGUAUUGCCAUGAUGUAGAAUAUAGAACAAUUGAGUUCAUUAAAUUAGAUCCUACCUCUUUUGUAUAGCUUCGCUGUUUUACCCACUUCCAGAUCCAUCAUGGUCCAUUUGGUAGAGGAGAAGAGUAAAAAAUACAAAGAAUUGCAAGGAGUAAACGACAGUAUAUAAAUCUAUAGAUAAUGGGAAUGAGUCAAUCCGCAUAUAAAAUUGGAUGGCUCUUGACUGGGUAUUUGAGAAUGACUAUAGCUCUGAUGUUCUUCUUCCUAUUCCAAAUCAUUUUCAACUUUUCAGUCUCCUUAGAUUGGGAUUUUUAUUACAUUAACUCAUUUGCUUAGUUAAUGUGGCCCUACAUAGUUUAUGGAUAUGCUGUAUACUCUCAAUCAUAAAAUAGUCAAUUAAUCAAUCCUUUCUGUUUGCUUCAUUGAUGAACGAGUCAAGAAUUGCAGGUGAAGUGGCCACAUUCUUCUGUGUUGGCUUUAGUUUUUUUAUAUUCUUGACUUUUAUAGAAUAUGCAGCUACGUAUAUAUAUUUUAUAAUAUUAUUAGGUCACUUUUAUUCUAUAUCUUAGUAGGACUAAUGAGUCCUCAAUGUAACAUAGGCUUUGAAUACAUAACUGCCUUAUAAGUUGGAGUAAAUAGGAUUGGUGCUACUGUAGCAUGGUUUGACCCCAUUCUGAAGUAGCCUAUGAACAUAUUUCCAGUAAUUCUUAUAAAUGAGACCUACGAUUUAUAGGCCUCAGGUUACCAGUUAAUAGUUACAAUGUUUUUAUAUUUCUGCCUGGCACUUUAUUUUGAUCAAGUAAUCCCAAAUGAAUAUGGAAUAUCUCAACAUCCAUUAUUCCUAUUGGGAAUAAAGUACAAAGAAAGUUAAAAAUAUGGAGACUGUCUCCUGUCUGAAAAAUCAAAAGAUGCUACUUCAGCUCAGUAUUAUGAAAACUUGCAAGAGCAUUUAGAGCCUUCCAUUUAUGUAGACAACCUUACUAAGUCCUUUAACAACAAAAUAGUAGUUAACAAUCUCACCCUCAGACUCUAUUAGAAAUAAAUCUUUUGUCUGCUUGGACAUAACGGUGCUGGCAAGACUACAACAAUUUCAAUGUUGACUGGGUUGAUAAAUAAGAGCAAAGGAAGGAUUAUGAUGUAUGACAUGAAUUUUGAUACUCAAUUAACUGAAAUUAGAAAGCACAUAGGGCUAUGCAUUCAGUAGGAUUGUUUAUAUGAAUACUUAACAGUUAGGUAUUUAUCUACAAUUUAUAUCUAAGAGAGCAUUUAUGUUUCUUUGCUGAAAUCAAGUAGUCCGAGAAUAGCGAGAUUGAUGAGAUCCUUGAAAAAACUGAAUUAAAACAUGAGAUGAAUUAGAUAGUUAAGACUUUAUCCAAAGGCAGUUAAAGGAAAUUGAGUUUGGCAAUUUCUUUAAUAGGAAAUUCUAAAAUCAUAUUUUUGGAUGAACCAACAUCAGGGAUGGAUGCUUUCUCAAGAAGAUCGAUUUGGAAUAUAUUAUAAAAGAUAAAACAAGAAGAGAGAACAAUCAUUUUAACUACCCAUCAUUUAGACGAGGCAGAAAUAUUAGCUGAUAGGAUAGGAAUCAUGUAAAGAGGUGAGUUGUUGGCAGAAGGUUCAUGUGAUUUCAUUAAGAAAACCUUUGGAGAGGGUUACACCUUAAAUUUAAGAAAAGAAUCAAUUAAAUAUCAAGAUGUCUCUGAAAUUCUAUCUUAGGGCAAGAUCAUACCUGAAUCUUGUCAUAAAUCUUAAUUAACUUUUUAGAUAUCUUUUGAACAUCAGGAUAAACUAGAAACCAUCUGUGAAAAAUUAGAGAGUUAAGGAAUAGAAAUAGAUUUGAGAUUAAAUACUUUAGAAGAAGCCUUUGUGAAAAUUGGAGAACAAGAACAAUUAGAAUUAAGUAAUUCUAAUUCUAAAAAGUCCAUGAGCUUGAAUCUCAUUGAAAAUGCUGAAGAAGGGUAUCAAUAAUUCAUCGAAAAUGUACCAAUGAGUGUCAGAGAUAAACCAGUAUUUAGCCUAUGGAGUCAAUGUUUGGCCAUGUUCCAACGUCGAUUCUAUACGACCAUUAGAACUAAUACCAAUAUCUUAGCCUUUUUCAUGCCUCUUCUUACUAUUUUGUUGGGGUUAUUAGUAGCCAAAUUCGUUUAGUUCUCAGGUAGAUUAUCAAGGAAUGAUGAAGCUUAAUUGUUUCUUAAAAUUUCAAUACUCUCCUGUGUGGGAGUGAUAGGUUUCACAUUUAAUUCUACUCUGUAUGUGACCUUACCUGUACUGGAAAAAGAAUGUUAAUUGAAGGAGGUUAUGAUUUGUUCAGGUUGUAGGAUCCUAGGAUACUGGCUGGGCACAUUCCUAUUUGAUUUUAUUGUGUACUCCAUCAUCAUAAUCUUCUUUUUGGUUAUGGGUGCAAUUUUGAGUUUGGAAGCUAUUACAUCCUUCUGGUGGCAAACAGUCCUUAUUUAUUUAUGUUUUGGAUUAAGCUAUAUCACAUGCAUCUAUUUGUGUAGUUUUUUGUUUGAUAACGUGGCAAAAGCAAUGAAGCUCUUCGUGUUUUACUCUUUCUUUUAUGGAUUUUGUUUACCAAUGGUCCUCUUGGGAUUAACCAAUUUUAUAUAUCAUGUGGAUUCCAUUGACUUCUUUUAAGUUUUGGUUUAUACAUUUCAGGUUCUCUUUAUGGUAAUUAAUUAUAUUAACUAUUUAGCUUAUCUAUCCAUUUUACAAUUAUUAUUUUGCUUAUGCUUGCAUGCCUCGUUUGACCAAAGGACUUAAGGCUGAAUUGGGAGGUUUGCAUUUAAUUACUUACGAAAGCUAUUGGUAUGUGAUUAUGCUCAUUUACUAAUUCUUUCAAUAUUCCUUGCUCAUCUAUUAUCUUGAGAGGAGAAAAAUGAAGAGACAGUACAAAAUGAAUCCCGACAAUACGGAUGUCCAUUUGGAGGAUGAUGUUUAUUAAGAAUAGUAAAGAGUUUUCAAUGGCACCGAUGACAUUAUACAAGCUCAACAGAUCUUUAAGAAAUAUUCAAAUUAAUAGCAAUUUGCCUUGAAUAAUAUCACUUUUGGGUUAAAGUAAGGAGAAAUAAUGGGAAUAAUAGGGCCAAAUGGAGCUGGCAAAUCUACUUUGAUUAAUGUGUUAACCAACAUAAGUCAGAGUACAUAUGGAACAGUAAAAAUAUAAUAUGCUGAUUAAUUGCAUGUGGGGAUCUGCCCAUAAUAUGAUUGCAUUUGGGAAAACCUGACUGUGAAGGAACAUUUGUAUGUGUUCAGUAAAUUGAGGGGGUUGUCUGGUGAGAAUCAACAAGAAGCGGUUAAAUAUUUCUUGCAGAAUGCAGAACUUUACAGUUUUAGGAACACCAGAGCUGGACAACUCAGUGGAGGAAACAAAAGAAAACUUUGUGUGGCUUUGGCUUUGAUUGGAGGCAGUGACAUUACUUUCUUUGAUGAACCUACCACAGGAGUCGACCCCAUUUCCAGGAGAACAUUAUUCAAAACCUUGAAAUAAAAUGUGUCCAUAAGAAACUGUUCUGUUGUCAUAACCACCCACACAAUUGAGGAAGCGGAGAAUUUGAGCGAUACUCUUGGAAUUUUGAUCGGCGGGCAAUUUAUAUGUUAUGGAGAACCAAAUUAUUUAAAAGAGUAUAUUUACAUAUUAUUCUAUUAAGGAAAUAUUCAGAUGGGUAUUAUAUAUCAAUCUUGCAUAAUGAAUCAUAUCAAGAUACAGAGAUUUUAGAUAUGCUAAGAAAAUAACUGAAUAACAUCAAUUAAAUAAAGGAGGUCAGAAGAAACUAUUUAACAAUCAAUAUUAAAAUUAUUAGUUUUCAUUCCACUUUUAAACUGCUUAACUAAUUAAAAUAGAAAAAAAUAAUUGAAGAGUUUUCAAUAUCAAAAAGGUAUUUGUUAAUAUGAUUUAUAGUUCUCUUGAGAACAUAUUCGUCCUCUUUACAAAAUAAUAAAAUGAAAUCAAUGAUUAAUUAGGAGUUUAGGUUGAAUGA